AUGUCUAACCCUUUCCCUAUCCCCAACAUGAGCGAAACAGACGAUAUCAGAGUGGACCGCGGAGGUCUUAUUACCCUCCACAUGUCGCGCUGCCUCCACAUCCUUCAAGCGCUAAUGGUCGACGGUGAAAGGAUUUCGAGGGAGGGGCACAUGGGCACGUUCAUCCGCUGUGUUGAAUUUGAAUUGAUUAUUACAUCGUGGCUAAUCGCCUGCUACAUCACCUCGUGGGGUUGGAAGGACUUGUGUCUACCACCCGCGUUUGGUCUUAUCGUCCAAGCAACUGCGACGGGACUCUUGGAAGACGAGCUGGUGGUGGAGGCUCUCGCAUACAACCUUGGUACCUCACUUCCCCCAACGCCCAGCGACCCACCGCGCGCAUGGUGGGUUGACUUCCCCUCACGGCAGUCCGAAGCCCCGAAGUCUCAAGAUGACAUGGAAGACCUAGACCGACUUUACCCUGCCGAUAACACCCAACUUACCAUCCUGCUCAAUGCCAUUGCUGCAGGAUGCACACCUCCCUGCCCGGCUCUCCUGUCCGCAUCGACCGGUUGGACUCCUUUAGCAGAGGACGUGAGGGACAGCAUUACUUCCGCGGAUAGCCUGCUCCUCACCGUCUUUCGCAACGGAAUCCCCGAUGGGUUGCUGGAUUUCGACGUGGGUUAUCGCUGGUGGGAGGGGCCGGUUCCCCCAAUGACUGCUUCCCAAAGGUAUUAUUUGACCUUUAGGGCCUGGUGGAACGAGCAGCCAAACUCAAUAACCCGCGGGUCGCUUCGACUCAAGACCACUGCCGAAUUAAGGGCGGCGAUCGACACAUUGGUGGAAGAGCGGGACCAAGUGGAUGAGGACAUUGCGAAGGCACUUGUGAGGGUUGUUGGGCUGAGAAUCCAACUCAAACGGUCUUAA